AUGAAAUCUGUCAAUGAAGGAUCUCAAACUCUGAACCAACAUAUCAUGUUUGGUUCGAUCAUGUUGCAAACUUCCCUGAACCAGAAGAUGAAAUCUGUCAAUGAAGGAUCUCAAACUCUACUAGCAGAGAUGUUGGUAUCUUCCUUAGAUAAAAAAUUUGAUAAGUUAUUUGCAGAUCCUUCAUAUUCCUAUGCAGCAUCAAUCUAUGACGUUUCCGAGACACUCUGGAAAGCAAAUGAAGGAGCCUAUACUCCUCGAUUAGUGUCAAUCGGUCCAUUACAUCAUGACCGAUCCCAUCUUCAAGGCAUGGAAACUUUCAAAUUGAGAUUCACACAUAAGUUUUUGACCAGAUUUGGAACUGGCCUUCAUACCAUAGCAAAGUUUUCAGCAAAGGAAGAAAGAUUUGUUCGUGGGUGUUAUGAGGGUACAAUUAAGCUUCUUCCUAAGGAACUUGCAGAAGUGAUUGUGUUGGAUGGAAUAUUCAUUGUUGAGCUUUUCCUGGAAAACUAUUUCAUUCAGCUGAGGGACAAAUAUGAGAGAAUAUUUGAUACUCACUACUGGAUGUACAAUGAUUUGAUGCAUGAUAUAUUGUUGCUAGAGAAUCAGCUACCUAUAAGAAUAAUGGAGAACCAAUUGAGUUUUGUGGAUCUUUCAUUCUUAAAUGAAGGGACUAUGGUCACCAUCUUUGAUCUUGCUCACAAGUUCUUCAAAAAUAUUGGUAAUACAAGCAAGGUACCAUUGACAGCACACUGUAUUCAGGCUAGGCACUUCGUUGAGUUCCUUUUGUUUCUUCAUGCUCCAGCAGAGAAACUUGUGCCUUCCCAUGAUAAGGGACUGAGAAUGCAACUAGCGUCUAAAAAGUUUGAAUACACUCGUAGUGCAGGAGAGCUUGUGAGAGCUGGAGUCAAGCUUCGUUGUGGAGAAGAUAGUUGUUUGUUUGAUGUUUCUUUUGAUAGUGACAAAGGUGUGUUGACCAUCCCCAAAUUGACGGUAAAUGAAUCAACCGAGACAUUCUUCCGGAAUCUUAUAGUCUUUGAACACUUGGGCUAUUAUGGCUACUUUUCCAGGAACAUUACAAGUUAUGUGAUGCUCAUGGAUAGUUUCAUAAACACUUCAGGUGAUGUUCAUCUACUUGUUAAGCAUGGCAUCAUCAAAAAUGAAUUAGGCCGGGGUCAACAAGUAGCUGACCUAUUUAAUAAUCUGCACAAAGGAGUUCUAACUGAAGUAAAUGAUUUCUAAUUUGCUGAGCUCUGUGUGGAGUUGAAUGACUAUAACAAGAGUAGGUGUCACCGGU